UUCUCCACCAGUUUUACUUUCAUUAUUUUACGUUCAAUCUUCAAAUUUUUAACACCAAAACUUCUUCAAAGUUUCCCGAUCAGCUCCCAUUACAACCAUCCUUCCGACCGCCUCUUUUACUAGAACUCCUUCUCUGAGUUGACACUAUGGCAAAAUGUACUAAGAAAAUCACUAAUGCCGCUUCUACUUCGGCAAGAAACUCCUCCCCUCCUUCUUCUCCAUCAAUGGUCGACGGUGUCGGCUGAGCUUCAAAACCUAGAGCCUUUAAUAUUCCCCCUUCAUCUUUCAACUUUUUUAAAGAGUUUGCAGUUUGCACAGCAAACACAAAAGGUGAUCGAAGGCAAUGGUAGAAGCCUAUCCAUAUUCUAUUACUCUUGACUUUGAGAAACACGUUCGGGAGGACUGUGGCUGGGAAAUGCCAUAGGAAGAUGACUCUACUGCUGCUCCUCCACCGAUUUUUGGGAAGAUAAUUUCUCAAAUUAUUUUCCCAUCGGCCAAUGAAUCUAUCCUCACUUUUCGACCGGGUUUAUCCAAUGUAUAAACUUACCCUUUCACUCUCAAAUUCAAUCCUCCAAUUGACCUCAUAAUUUUAGACUUAUGUCAUACCUACAAUGUGUGUCUCGUACAAGUUGGUCUAUCAGUAUGGAGGCUAAUUGCAUGCCUUUGUUUUUUGACCACGGAGUAUGAGCUUCCUUUUACUUUGGAUCAUUUGAUCCGUUUGCAUACUCCCACAUUUUUCCGUGGGGGAAUAAUCAGACUUCUGAAAUGGGGAAAAACCCCAUUAUCUCCAGCCUUUCUAAAGAUUACAACCAGAGCUGGAUGGAAUGCUUCGUAGCAGUCCCAACCGCCAAGAUUAUUUAGACAGAUCAUAUGCCCUUUCCGAAGGUGUGGAACUUAUCUCAUAAGUAACUGCCUUUUUUUUAACCUUUGCCUUCUCUGCAGCUACCACUUGGACUCCCGCUACCAUCUCGAAUCUGCACUAGUGGGUUUAGGCUAUUUUGGCUGUUUCAAAAAGUCGAUCACUCUUGGAAAAUUAUUUCCAAAGAUCGAUGGAAGGCCGCCAAUCACGGUUAGUUUGCACCGGAAGAAUAUUCGGAAGAGAUUAUUUCCUUUAUUUCUCCUUUACCUUUCCUUUUUUUUUUACUUUUUUUUUUUUUUUUACUUAUCAGGUCUUCCGAAGGGAUCUUCUAUCCCAAGGGUCAUGAAUGACCUUAAAUUAGAUCCGGAAUCUUCUUCUCUUUUAAUUUCUCAAUCUGCAGUUUCGAAGAAAAAGACUGCUAGACCACUUAUUGCGCCAUCCUCUCCUUCGGCACCAAAGAGGAAAAGAAAGACGAGAACAACUUCUUUCCCCGAUACUACCGUAGCAACAAAUGAAUCUGCCGAAGCAGUUGAGGCUCCUCCUAUUGUGGAAAUCGAUGAAGAGGAGACCAAUGAUGACAUCCCACUCAAGAGCGUAAAGGCCUCUACUUCUCCAAUUCGUACUCCAGCAACUGUUCCGGCAGUUGUUUCAACUGUCGUUCCGGCAACUGCUCCACUCCCAUCAACUGGUCUUGACGGCCUUGACCAAUAUUUCGAGGAAACUGAAACUACUGGGAACCUGGAGUCUUUUGUAAGUGCCUUGGGUUUCGAACAUCUUUUGAUUCCUCAGGGACUUCCUUCGUCUUCAAGAUCGAGAAGAAGCCACUCUUUUUCUCGUUCCAACCUGGUGAAUAUCUUUACGGCUCCAAUUGCAGAUCCGACCCGGCGUAGAACAACAAUUAUUUCUAUUCCUGAAGACACCAAUUUCCUGGGUCGACCGGUUGGAGUCACUAGUUAUUUGAAACCUUUAAUAUCAGAAUCUGACAAAGAGAAGAUGCGUGUAGUCACUUGGAAGUGCUUAAUCAAUGACAAAAUGCAUGCAUCAAACAAGUCGUCUAUUUUGACUGGGGAAGGUCUUUGCCUUUGCCUUGUAGAGAAUGAUGAUUUAAAGGCUCAGCUGGAUGCCCAAGAGAGGGAAAUUCUUCAUCUGAGGCAAGAGCUUGAGCGGAGAAAUAAUCAAUCCGCAGAGGAGCUUCCCUCAAUAAAAGCUUGGAGAAAGAGGCUGAUCAACUUUUUAAUGACCUCUAGGGCCUCCGAAAGAAGUUUUAUCUUUCAAGGAAAAGAAUGAAUCUCUUCUCUCUGCUGAAGUUGACCAACUCAACAAUGAGCUCUCCGUAAUUGAUGAAGAAUGGUCGUUUGAGCUAACCGCUGCUACUCAGGAUUUCGAGCAAAACUUGCAGUAGUACUAAGUCGAGAAUCGCCUACAAACCAACAUUAUUGAUAAAUUGAAAUCUGAUCUCCAUGCCUCCAUUCGAAAGAACGAAGAGAUUUCAACUCACCUGGAUCAGGCUCGUGCUGAUUUGAAGGCUGAGAAGGCUUUAUCCGUUUUAAGGGCUGAAUACACUAAGUGGAAUGUUCGCAGGUUUAUCCUGGAACAGUCUCGAAGUGGUUUUCAGGAUUGGAAUGCAAAGAUUUUCGAAGCCAAAAAGCUCGAGGUUCAAGCCUAUCAACGGAUGUCCGCUAUUGAAAGCUCCAAAAAUGACCCCGAAGACUUAGAUGACGAAUAUGUGUGAUUCAUAUGUUUGUUUCUUUUUUUGUGUUCUCAUUAUUUUUUAAAUUUUUUUGUACUUUUCUAGACCUGUUUUUUGGGUAAAUGAAUUGAUCUAAAUUUCCAAUUAUGAUCUUUUGAUCUUUACUUUUUUAGUUGUCUUACUCAGAUAUAUGUACGAGACAAUUUUCUCAUUUUAACUUAAUCUGGAAUUAAUUCCUGUAAGUUUUUUUUUUCAAUUUAACAAAUGUAUUGGGCCUUUGUUUAUGCUUAUGAACAAGACGUCUCCUGUUCACUUCGAGCAUGAUUCUAUUUAGACGGUAUAACGCCUUUUAAAAGAAAGAUUCCGACUGGUCUG